CUGAGGGCAAGCUGCCAUUGCCUCCUGUUCGGAGGUGUUGUCGGCUAGUCAGGGGAAGGGGAUGGCGGCGAAGCGGAGCUUUGUGGUUUUCGACCUUGGCGGUGUUCUUUACGGCACCAGCGCGCAGGAAGUCUUCCGGCGCUUCGAGGGGUCUCUGGGCCUGCCCGGUAACUUCUUCCAAGAUGUCAUUGUGAAAGGAGGCCUGGAUGGGCCUUUCUCCAAAGCAAUGCUUGGUCAGAUCGGACUGAUGCAGCUAAUCGCCGAGUUAGAUGAAGACUGCAAGAAGGCAGCUGCUGCCUCUGGACUCUCCCUCCCUGACAAUUUCUCAGUUGCUCAGGCUUUUGAGGAGAUAACAGACCAAGAAAUCCUGAACACGCCUCUUCUGCAAGCUGCCCUUACUCUGAAGAACAAUGGUUUCAAGAUUGCUGUCCUUACAAACAACUGGAUUGAUGAUCGCCCGCAGCGACACAGCACGGGGCGCAUCUUUUGUCUGCUGCAGAAGUACUUUGACGCAGUGAUUGAGUCCUGUCGUAUUGGCCUGCAGAAACCAGAUCCCAAGAUCUAUGAGUACACCCUAGAGGUGCUGAAGGCAAAACCCCAGGAGGUUAUUUUUCUGGAUGACAUUGGAGCAAACUUGAAGCCUGCUCGGGAGAUGGGAAUAGCCACCAUCCUCGUGAAAGACGCUGACUCUGCUGUAAAGGAGCUGCAAGAUUUGACCGGGGUUCAGCUUCUUGGCCAAGAACACUUGCCACCUGCCUGUGAGCCAGAAAAUGUGGUCCAUGGCUAUGUGACCAUCAAGCCUGGUACCCAGCUUCACUUCGUAGAGAUGGGAAAUGGCCCUGCAAUUUGCCUCUGCCAUGGCUUUCCAGAAUCCUGGUUUUCUUGGCGAUACCAGAUCCCAGCGCUUGCUGAUGCCGGCUUCCGUGUCCUGGCCUUGGAAAUGAAAGGCUAUGGGGUCUCCACAGCACCACCAGACAUAAAAGAAUAUUCCCAGGAAGAAAUAUGCAAGGAUCUGGUGGUCUUCCUGGACAAAAUGGGAAUUUCCCAGGCAGUCUUCAUUGGUCAUGACUGGGGUGGGGCAACCGUGUGGAACAUGGCGCUCUUUUACCCUGAACGAGUUAGGGCCGUGGCCAGCCUAAAUACACCCUUCAGGCCUGCAAAUCCUAAGGUUGAUGUAAUGGAUCUCAUCAGAUCUAUUCCUGUCUUCGAUUAUCAGCUCUAUUUUCAGGAACCCGGUGUGGCAGAGGCUGAACUGGAAAAGAACUUGAGCCGGACGUUAACAAUGAUGAUCCGGACAACCAAGAAAGAGGAUCGGCUGCCGGGAGUUUCGCUUGAUGUCAGCAAAGUACGAGAACGAGGAGGGCUGCUGGUGGGACUUCCUGAAAACCCUCCUCCAAGUUCCCUUCUGCCAGAGCCUGUUCUCCAGUACUACAUCCAGCAGUAUAAGAAAUCUGGUUUCAGGGGACCCGUGAACUGGUACCGGAACAUGGAGGCAAACUGGAGCUGGAAUGCGUCUGCACAAGGCAGAAAGAUCAGAGUGCCGGCGUUGAUGGUCACCGCUGGUAAAGACAGAGUUCUGCAUCCAGAAAUGAGCAAAAACAUGGAGGAAUGGAUCCCUCACCUGACCCGUGGCCACAUUGAGGAGUGUGGGCAUUUUACACAGAUGGAGAGGCCUGCAGCUCUUAACAAAAUCCUCAUUGGAUGGCUGGAGGAAGUUCACAAGAAUGCUUCUCCGCAAACUUCUGCCAAGCUCUAAGCAAGUCUCCCAGGACCCACCUGGCUUGGAUUCUCACUGGUUGAUUCUGAGAACUGUCGGGGAGUUGGGGGAAUUAUAGAGAAUUGUUCUGAAAGCAGUGAACAUAAGUGAAAUGUAUUUUUAUAUAGAUUAGAUUUUUGUCCCCUAGCAGGAGCUGUUCUCCAACCAAGCCACCCAAGCCAGUCCUUGGGGAGGUUCAGGGAGGACGCCCAUUCUCAGCUCACCUCUCUCCCAGCCAUUGAUGACCUAGGAGCAGUAAUGGGUACACCUUGCUUGGGAUAACAGAAUAUCUUAGACCAAUCCUAGACCUCAUCAGCUCAUUUUGUUCCUAGACGCUUAAUAAGUUUAGAGGCCAAAGAGAAACUAAGAAAAUCAUCCCAGGUAAUCUAUGAUAUUUCUUAUUAGAAUUGUCUGUCCCAGCAAGAUAUUUUAGCCAUCAUUGAAGUCGGUGUCUAUGAAAUGCUUUGGGAAAUGCAGUUGGGUUCUGUGAAGGAGAGCCUUUCUCUUUCUGCACUGGUUUGCAGUUUCUCUUUUCUUAAAAAGAACAAGGAACAGGCGCUGCUGCCUUCUUGCUAAGCUCAGUACUAACGUCUAGAUCUGGCUGUUUGCUUAGCCAGUUAACCAGAGGUGCAUUUUCUUCUACCUAGAGGAAAAUGGACAGAGUAGCCCUCCUCACUGGCCUUCCUGCAUAGUGUGGAAGGACAGAAAGAGAGUUGCCAUGAAAGCCAGAGUUCAGCAAACAGGUGCUGUGACCAAACUGCACAUGAUGGUGGGAGAUCUAUGAAGGUGUCAUGCAUGCAUGGGUUUUUUGAGCCGCCAUUGCAGCUGGAAGGGCUUAAACCUUUUUACUUUAUUUUCUGAACUUUUGAUCCCCAUCUCAGCGGUUUGCCCUGUGUAGGAAACACAAAGGAAUCACAUGCACAAGCACACAUGUUCUUCCAUGGGAGAAGUAGCAGCUCUGCCUAUUAGUGCCUUUUAAUCCCCCCCCCACGCCCCCCAGCUCAAGGCAUACAGGUUCUCCUUUUCCUCUUUUAUCCUCCCAGCAUCUCUCUAAAGUAGGUGAAGCUGAGAGUGCAUUACUAGCACGAGGAGGAGCUGAAAUCACCCUUUCCAGAUCCUAGUCUGAUACUCUAACCACCGUACGACAUUGACUCUCAAGCUAGAGCAAAGGGCACUUGAUCGUGUCCUCCGUGGCUGCAACCCCUGCCCCCCCCCCGAAUCCAUUCACAGAUCUCUAGCUAUCCCAUCUAGUUUGCACUGGUCUAUCCAGCCAAGAAUUUUGCUUCUUACUAUGGGCAGGGGCUCUAAGUGGAUGGAUUGCUACUGAAGAUGGUCACUAAGCCACAAAGCUCCUUGGAUGACCUUGGGCUUGUCAUUUCUGCCUAACCUACCUCAUAGGGUUGUUGUGGGGACAAAAUAAAGGGGAGAACUAUGAGCUCCUUGAAGAAAGGUUGGGAUCUUUGCUGAGCAUGUGGAGGAACCAAGAGCGUUGUAAUCAACGAAGAAUUGAGUUUCUGGUCAAUCUCGGCUAUUAGAAAGUUUUCUAGCACUGAACGGCAGCAAGUUUUCUUCGCAAUCAACAUUAGAAGUAGUUUGUGUUUGAUAUCUCAGCAGUCAGAGGAGUUGCCAAAUAAGAUUUCCAGUAAUUUGGGACGAACUUGCCUCUCUCCCUGUCUAGAUGCAUCAAAAGACGCUCACAAUGGGUGUGGCUAUGAGGGUAGCUGAAUUCAGUUUUCCUCAGUGCAGAAUCUGGAUUUCAGAAUCUUAAUGUACCUUCCAGCCUUUAACUGGAAAUAUUGGAUGUUGAACUUGGGUUCUCCUUAUUAUGUACAAAGUAACACCAUCCCCUGUGCAAUUGCUCCCAAGUGCUUGCAGAACAUGGGACUUUCUGGGUGUUUGGGUUUUUCAUUUCAGGCAAGUUCCUGCUAACUGCUUUUAUUGCUAAUAAAAUAUUUUCAUUUUA